AUGGAAUAAUUUAAUGGAAAACCUUAAGUAUAUUAUAUAUCUAAUAAUAAAGGAAAAUAUUCUAAUUACAUAACCAUUAACUAAAUAGAAGUACUCAGCUCUAUUUCAUGAUGAGAGAUUUGGAAAGGAUUUUGAAACAAAUUACUCAAAACUUUAGGAAAUUAUGGAUGUAAAUUUAUGUAAAGAAAAUUUUAGAACUUGUAAGGGAAAGUUGAAUAAAUAGUAAAAAGUUAAGAAGAUGAUUUUAUGAAAGCAUAUAAAGAUCAAAUGAAUGAAUUGUAAAUUGAUUUGAAGGCAAUGAAAAGAAAAAUUGAUGAAGAGUCUUUAAAAUAAAAAGCUGAUGAGAAAAAACGAAUUUUAGAAGAAGAAAGAGAUUAUUUUAGACAAGAAGCUCUAAGACUGGAUAAUUUGAAUAAAGAAUAAUUGAGAACAAUUGAAGAAUUAAAGUUCAAGUUAAAAAUUACAAUAGAAGAAAAAAAUUAUUAUGAAGGUUUUGUUAUAGGUACAGCUUUAUUUUGAUGUAUAAGAUUCAAAGAAAGAAAACAAAGCUUUAAAGUUUGAACUAUUGUAAUUAUAUAAAUAAAAAAUGGAAGAUUAAAAAGCAUUAAAUAAAAUAUAAUAAAAAUCAUAAACAUAGUAAAUUACUAAAUUAAAUUCAAAAAAACAGUCCGAUAAUAGACCAUAAACAUAAGAAGGAAUAAGAUCAGAAGGUAAUUUAUUCAUAAAAGAUGAUGUUAAUGCUGAAUUUCUUAGAAGAGAAUAAUCCUCAAAGGGAGGAUUUAGAUCAUAUCUAUCAACUAAAAACAAUGAUUAAGCAUCAACACAAUUUGAUUUUUUUAAACGAGAGAUAUCUACUUAAUAAUAGAGUAGAUUUCAUCCUGAAAAUUAAAUGGUAUUCUUUUUUCUUUAAUUUUAGAUAGAAGAAAGAAAUAAUUAAAUAUCAGAACUAAAAUAAUUGUUAUAAAAAGAAAAAAACUAAUGUCAAUAAUUAAAAUGUGAAUUAUAAAAAUAGAAUACUUAAAGAGGAGAAUUAGAAGUAGUGUUAUUAGAUUGUGUAAAUUAUAUUAAGAAAGAUAUUGCAUCUCGAUAAAUAGUUUAAAAAUAACCAUUUUUGGGUAAUACUAAUAAAACACCAAAAAUUGCUUAGUAGAUUGCUUUUGAAGAUAUUGACUAUAGAUAAUUUACUCAUUAAGAUAAAAAGUAAUAAUAUCAACCUUAUUUACUAAAGAGCACUCCUCAAAAAAUUCCUAAGUUCUGAAUAAUUUUUAGAUUAAAUAUAUCAACUUACUUUUAAUAGUCAAAUGGCCAGUACAUACAAUUAAAACUUAAUGAGAAAUGGAAAUAAGAUGCAAAUGAUGCAACAAAGAAAUUCAAUAAUUUUAAAAUAUACAAAUUUAGAAAUAUUACUAGUUAACGUAUUUAUUUAAUUAGAAUUUUUAGCUAUUAUAAAAUAAGUGA